AAAAAAAGUUAAAAUAUACUCAUGUAAUUGACACAGAAUGAAAAAUAAUGAAAAAGAAUUUCUUAAAUCAUUAUUUCGAGAGUUCUGAUAUAAAAUUCAUAAUUUUCAAUGUUUAUGAAUACAAUUAAGAGAGUUAUAUAUACCCAAUUCAUAUGUAUAUGAUGAGCGUUUAAUCAAAAAUUUUUACAAAACAAACAACACUUGAAACAAUUUAUGAAAUCAGAUCCAGAAGGAUAUUUAUCAAUUGCUGUCAUAAAAAUGAAACCACACAACUCAGGAUCAACAAAGCUUACAAGAAAACUACAAACAAAUAAUUAUUUUUCAUCUUCCAAACCUGAAAGAAAAGAAUGGAAGUGCAAUAUUUGUCACAAAGACUUUGAGACGGAUGCAAUGUUAAGAGAACAUGAAAACAUUCAUGUUACACCUUUCUGUGAGCAAUGCAAGAAAAUGUUCAAAUCUGCGAAAUUUCUUCAUCUUCAUCAACUUUCGCAUCAUUCAAAUCAACAAGAAUCGAAAGAACAUAAAUUGAGUAGUUCAGAGGAAGAGCAGUUGAGUAUUUGUGAAGAUUUGACACUCAACAAAGUUAAAGAAGAACCCAUUGAAUUGGUUUCUGAGCCGGAAAUAGAAAACUUAUUAAAUCAAGAUCCUCAAAAUUCAUCAAAUGCAAUUCAAGAUACUUCAUCACGUGAAAGUAGUUGUCGAAGUGCAGAUUUCUAUUCAGAUGCAUCAAAGACUCUCGGCAUUUGGAGGAACUUCACAGAUCAUCCUGCCCAAUCAUUCUUAGAACAUUCAAGUGUCCCAAUGAACAUAAAACUGGAGCCUCUGGAUGCUCCUGUUGAAUCCGAUCAAUUCGAUUUUAUCAUCAACGAAAUUUUAAAAAAACCAAAUGAAAGCAGUCCAUGUUCGUCAAAAUUAUCACUUGUUGCUGAAGAAAUUCCAUUGCAACAAAACUUUUGGACGCAAUCAGAGAAUCAAAUUCAACAAGAUCAAGAAGUUUGGACAUGUGACAUUUGUAAUCGUAACUUUAGUACAAAACAAAUUCUCCAACGACAUCGCAUUGCUUUGCAUGAUCACAAUAAAGAUUUCAAAUGCGAUCAAUGCGACAUGUGGUUCAGUAGCUCAAACAAUCAUGAACUUAUAAAGCAUGUUAAUGAAGUUCAUAAUGGUUUUAAGAAGUUUAUAUGCGAUUAUCAUGGAUGUAACAAGGAAUUUUCAAGACGUGAUGCGUUAAAACGUCAUCGACAAACACACGAGGCACAAAAGAAGAAAAUUAUUAUGCAACAAGCUUCAAGUAAGCUUACUGGAGUUCCAUCAACUCUUUCUACCUAUAGUUGUUUCGAUUGUGGCCUCAAUUUCCGUUAUCAAACUGCACUCAUCCUUCACUUAAAGGAUCAUAAAGUUUAAGCCUAUUUUUGUUGUAAAGAAUUUUAAGAGUCUGUAGACAUAGAAACGAAACAAAAUUCGAUAAAUAAAAUCAUGAUAUAAAAAUAGUUUUUGAUAUUUCCGCAAUAAAAAGAUUUUUAUCAACUUCUUAUUCAAUGAAAUUAAUGUUUUUACUUCUGAAGAGAGACUGCGAAACUAUUUAAGUUAGAGAAUGAACUAAAAAUUUAAAUUGGAAAUCACACGCUUGAGUGGUCG